AUGGCGCCGGGAGGUAUUCUUGAGGCCCGCAGGGGCAAAGGUAAAGGUAAAGGCAAGGGCAAGGGCGCCGGUGCUGGCGCGGGCGCUGGUGCUGGUGCGGGCGUUGGCGGGGCAUCCGGAGCCAACGGCACUGCCGGAGCCCUUGGUGACGCGGCAGCGGCAGCCCCUGACACCGCUGCAGCGGCAACCCCUGACGACGCCGCGGCUGCCACUACUGACGACACUGCGGCGGCAGAGAAGCGGCAGGCGUCGGAAAUCCCACCCAACAGCCUCUACUUGAUCGAGUGGUGGCCGAGCGGGUGCGGCAACGGAGGGGGCGACACGCUCACGGGUGGCGAGGAGACGCUUGGCGCCUGCGUCAACACCGAGUCGCUGUGGGACACGGCGCCCACCACCGAUGCCGCUGUCCGCUUCCUGUUUCCUUCCGACGGCCGCACCUAUAAGUGGCAGAUCUUUAGUACCAACAGCUGCAAGACCCAGAUUGCCUCUGGCGAGGGCGGUGGCUGCCACAACGUGCCGACACUGAGUGGCCAGCAUGUCGGCGCUGUUAUUGUUUUCACCUGAGCGUGAGACCACUAGACAAUGGUGAAGUGUUCCAUACCAUGUGCUCUCCGGGAAAGAAAAACAGAGCUGCUCGAUGCGGUUUAUGAGGAGCCGGCUGGACCGUGGUGUGGUUAGUGACACAUUUCCCGGCAGGGCCGGUUAGAUUGGCACCGAAAGGGGAUUAGACUGCAGCAUUGGAUUUGUUUGCUUCUAGGCUGUCGUUGCUCCCUUCUCAACUCUCCUUACUAAUUAAUUUGUAUAUAUCCUUCUGAUCAUGCAUGGGCAUGGGAUAAUUUGGGCCUUUGUAAUCGCCGUUGAAGCUGGG